AUGAUUAAAAAGUUAAUUUAUACAUUUUCAACUCUUUCUAAUCCAUACAAAGUUUUAGGUAUAAAUAAGGGUGCUUCCCAACAAGAAAUAAAAUAAGCUUACUAUAAAUUGGCUUAGAGGUAUCAUCCUGAUAAAAACUCAGAGAAGGAUGCUGCUAAGAUGUUCACUCAGGUGAAUAAUGCUUAUGAGAUUCUUUAGGAUGAUGUAAUAAUAUUUCUAAUUUAGAACAAAAGAAAAAUGAAUGAUACUUGCGGAGUUUAAGAUGAUAAUAAUGAUGAAGAAGAUUUUGAAGAUGAGUUGAGAGGCAAUGCAAAUAGUUAUUAAUAAAAAGCAAGGAGGAAAUAAUCGAAGGGCAAAUAUUAUUCAAAAUUUCAUUAAGCAGAAUACGAGUCAAUAUUCAGUGAGUUCGAUCAAUUCUUCCAAUAGAAACACGGUAAAAAGAGAGCAUACUAUGCAAAGAAAAAAGGAGAGGAUAUUCGAUUGGAAUUGAAAUUGAGUUUCCCAGAUUCUGUUUUUGGUGGAAAGCAUAAACUAGAGUAUAGAGCUUAGAAAACAUGUGAAACUUGUAAGGGGAGUAGAUGCGCUCCAGGAAAAUCAGCACAGAAGUGUUUUUCUUGUGGUGGAUCAGGAUGGUUGUUUUAUUCAGAUGGAGGUAGUUCGAUGGAAGUAAAAUGUACUAAUUGUGAUGGAUGGGGUUAGGUAGUCAGAGAUGCUUGUAAAACUUGUCAGGGGAGUGGUAUAGUUGAAAAAGAAUUUGAGAUUGAAAUAGAAUUACCGAAGGGAAUUUAGAAUGGAACCAUAAUCAGAUAGUCAAGAUAUGGUCAUGCAGUAUUGAGUUCUAGUUGAUAGUAGAGUAAAUACUCUGGAGAACCAGGAGAUCUGUUGAUUGAGGUGGAAGUUCAGGAGGACAAUACUUUGAGGAGAGAUGGAAAUAAUAUCAUAAGUGAAUUAGAGUUGAGUGUGAGUGAGAUGGUGUUGGGAUGUAAGAAGCAGAUUCAAACUAUUUGGGGAGCUUUAGAGGUUGGGACAUUGAUUGAUAAAGUAGAUUUCAAUUCCAGGAGCACAGUAGCCUAGAACAAAGUUGUAAAUCCCACAGUAUGGGAUUCAAUAUGGACAAUCGCAAUGUAAGAAGGGAGACCAUAUAGUGAUUCUAAACUUGGAGAUUCCAUAGUAGCUGAAUGAGAGAACUAAACAAUUAUAUUAUGAACUUUUAAAGCAAUUAUGA